AUGAUUACCCCCCUACUGGUGUGUUUUUUGGCGCUCGUCGGCGCAAGCUCCACCGUCAGCUUUGAGUUUCAUUCCACACACAUGGAUACAGAUCACUUUGCGGGCACCGAACAUUAUAUGGCCACAUCCAGACUUCGACGUUUGGUGAUUGAGUUUAUAGACUACUACCAGAAUAUUACGCUAUCGGAUCUGAACCUGUAUCAAAAUUCAUUUGUGCCCACGGCUCAGGAUCUGCAGUGCUUGGAAGAUCUGUUACUCUUAAUUCAGGAAUUGUCCUCGGGUAGAAUCUGGCCACUUAGGAUGAUUGACUCGUGGGGUUCGUUGCCUUCGGGAAUACUCUAUGGCAACAUGUGGGAUCUGGGACACUACGACGAGUGUCUCAACGUUGAUCACGCUGUCUCCACAAGUCACAGCGUCCGGGGAAAGUACUGCUUUGCCAAGGUCUCGCUCGCCUCGAGCAUUUCGUCCCUACUCAGCAUAAAGACAGCGGUCUGCUUUCCUGCAUCCUGCUCAGCUGCUCACAUGGACACAAUGCUGCGACGGCUGUUCGAGAAGUUGCUUAACGUGGAGAUUAGUACGGACCUGCAGUUUGUGGAUGAGAACACGUGCAGGAGUGCCGAGAAGAAGCCCUAUGAUGGCCUCACCAUAUUCACCAUAGUUGUGCUAUCGGUUUUGUGUGCUUUGAUGGUCCUAUCCACGUUGUAUGACUAUUUAUUCAUUGAGGAUCAGAAACAAUUUUCACCGCUCGUCAAGGCCUUCUCGGCGCGUGCGAACUCGCGUGUACUCUUCCGGAUUGUAGACACCAAGUCAAACCCCAAUAUUAUUGACUGUCUUCACGGAAUGCGUUGCCUGUCGUUCAUCUGGGUGGUAUACGGACAUGACUAUCUGGUGGCUUCCAUGGGGCCCAAUAUGAACUAUGUCGACAUGUUAACGUGGUUUAACUCGGCAUUCCGCAUGUUGAUAACGCAGGGUAUAUACGCGGUGGAUACUUUCUUCUUCUUGAGUGGCUUAUUGCUGGUGCUGAUUGUCUUACGCGUCAUGGAAAGGACAAAAGGAAAGCUCAAUAUACCCAUGAUGUAUCUCAAUCGCUAUCUGCGCCUAACGCCCGUCUUGGCGUUGGCUAUUCCUAUGUACAUGAAAAUCUUGCCCCUUCUGGGAGACGGGCCACUGUAUGGAUCCGUUUCAGUUGAUGACUAUGCCAGCUGCAGCGACUCUUGGUACUUAACACUCCUAUAUGUGCAGAAUUAUGCUGCAGAAUCAAUCUGUGUGUCCCAUUCCUGGUAUCUGGCAGUGGACAUGCAACUAUACAUCAUUGCCCCCUUUCUGUUGAUUUCUCUGUACAAGUGGGGAAGAAAGGGAGCGGCCGGAAUCUUUGUACUAAUGCUUCUGCUGGCUUCCUGUCUUUUUAGCAUGAUGGUGAUAAACAAAAUAUCAAUGUCCUCUCCGAGUACUAAUCCAAUGAAAAAGAUCUACUACUCCACACACACUCGAGCCUCACCAUAUUUAAUUGGCAUCCUCUUCGGGUACUUCCUGUACAUAAACCGUGUCAAGCCGUAUAAAUUAAGCCGUCCUGCUGUCUUCGUGGGCUGGCUGGUGAGCCUGGCUCUCAUUUUCACCUGCAUAUUUGCGGUUUAUGGUAAACAAUCUGACUCGUAUUCUAUCUUGGAAGAAGCCUUCAACCUGACACUGACACGCAUUGCGUGGCCCCUGGGGCUGUGCUGGGUGGUAUUCGCCUGUAUGCACGGCUAUGGAGGCCUGGCCAACAGCUUCCUCUCGUCGCCACUGUGGCAGCCUCUGUCGAAACUUUCCUACUCCGCCUACAUCUUUCACAUGUUUAUCGAGAGCUUCAACGGCGGCAUCACGCGUACCAACACAUACUUCAGUGAUUACCAAAUGAUGCUUCGUUUCUGGUCUGACUUUGGCUUCACUCUGCUGCUUGCUUUUCUUAUGUACAUCCUAAUCGAGGCACCCUUCGGUAACCUGCAAAGUCAUUUGCUACAGACUCGCAAAUCUAGCUCGAAAAGUGAAGGGGAUGCUCAGUUGAGAACUACAGUCUUUGAAGGACCAACGAACGAGUCGGCUCCUGGUCCGACUAAAGAAGAGACGCCAGCUACCUGCCACAUACAGGAGUAG